GCUUUAAUUACUGUUCAAGCUGGGCCGCGACGGUCAGCCUCUGAACCCCGCCGUUCGUCUCGUUACUCCAUGGGCGGCCGCUCGCCUCGAUCAAUUGAACAAUGGGAAAUGCUUGCCAGAGUCAAGUAGGUGCUGUUUUUACGUCGUAAACACAGCCAAGCGGGCUGCACUACCUUAAACACUAUAUACUACUGACCAUGGCGACUUCGCGAUAUCAAACGGCCGAUCUACGACGCCAGGUCGGGUCCCCGAGACCCAAGGGACGCGAGAAUAAAGAUACACUAUGCCGAAACGUACUUAUUUAUGGCCAUUGUCGAUACGAAGAUCAAGGCUGCGCCUUUAGCCACGACCAGAACAAAAAUAACUCCAAUUCAGACUUUCAUGAAACGCCUCACCCUAUCGGUUCCACGGGGUGUGUAUUUGGUGAAUUUGUUAAUGAGAGGCUUAAAAGUAACAAUUUCAUCCAUUGCUGCUACAUAGGUACUUUUUCUGUUUGUAGAGGCUUCAUUGCUGCAGCAGGAAGGACCAUGUGUCGCAUGACCUCUCCGCUCAUCGGCCGAUGCUUCCCUCAUCACUGAUGACUUACCUUGCCAACUUUACUUCAACUCUUCCAAAACACUACACUCCCAUGUAUGAGCAACUCAUGAUACUGCAUCACUACUUCAGAUAUAUCA